AUGGGAGACGAAGGAUGGCUGACACCUCGUGAGAGAGAUGAAGGGUACGGAGAUAAGGGUCAUGGGUAUAGUGGUGCAAACGGAGUCGACUGGGUGGGUAUCAUGGGAGUUGAAACGAUAGACUAUGGGACUAUCCAUCUUUGGCCCGACCACUGGUCAUACCCUUAUGAAUGGGGAAUCCAGUGGAUCCAGGAUCAUGAUAAGCUUGCUGAACAGUUUGACAAACCAAUUAUAUUGGAGGAAUACGGAGCCGGUAAGAGGGACGGCCAUAUCGAGCCCCUUCUUCCAUGGCAGGAUGCGCUCAUCCACUCCGGAUUCGCAGGGGACCAAGUAUGGCAGUUUGAGCCGGAUGGAACGAACUUUACAAAUUUCCCCGACCCUCAGUUUGCGAUACAUUAUGGUUCCGAGGAAUGGGGGUUUUAG